AUGGCAGUGUCUUGGAUCCGUAGGAAAGAUUUCCAUGUGCUCACUGUUGGGUUAGAUAUCUACACGAGUGACGAUCGCUUCCAAGCCCUCCACGCCCACAACUCCAACGAUUGGACAUUGCAGAUUAAAUUUGCCCAGUUAAGAGAUGAAGGUCCCUACGAAUGCCAAGUCAGUUCUGACCCCAAAAUCAGCUUCUUUGUUAACCUCACAGUGCUUGUUGCUAAAGCUGUCAUUGAAGGCGCUCCAGACAUCUACGUGAAGAGUGGCAGUUCCAUAAACUUGACGUGCGUGAUCACACAGAGUCCCGUGCCGCCUGUCUUUGUCUUCUGGUAUCAUGACGAGAGAAUGAUCAACUAUGAUUCCUCCAGAGGACAGAUAGCAGUGCAGAAGGCAGGUGUUGACACCGCCCUGUCGAAACUCUACAUUAAAGAUGUUCAGCCGUCAGAUUCCGGCAAUUAUACCUGCUGUCCUUCCAACGCCGAAGCGACCAGCAUUACAGUACACGUGCUCAAUGGUGAAAAGCCAGCAGCCAUGCAACACGAUGCGAAUCCCGGGCAUUCUGUGUCCUGCUCUUUUCAACCAACAUGCUUGAUUCACUGGAUCCUGCUACUAUUUUUAUUUUGCAUUUUGAGGUGACGGAAAUAGCAUCAAACAAAGAUGUUGGAUUAUACCUAUAUAAAUAUACACACAUAAGAACUACACUUCAUCUCAGUUUGAAAGUCUAUUUUGGACAGCGACUUCGUAAAAGUGACUUUGAAGGAAUUAUUUAUUUAUCGAAUUGUGCAAACCAACUAUAAGAGACACAGUUUUAAUGCACCGUGUAAUGUCUUUGACUACGAGCUCUUUUGACUGUUGCUAUCGUACGAACAUACUACUUGCCCUAAAUGUACAAACUAGAUGGGGGCAUGAGUGUAAUAUAUCAACACGGUGCUGUAGUUCAUUUACCUUUUUAAAAAUUCAAUUGAA